CCCGUUGGGGUCCCCUGGCCCUCGCCCAGCAAAUGUACGUUCUUGUCCAAGUACCAUGAAACCCCAGCCAUCGCCUACCAUCGUCGGUCGAUCCAUGGCUCACGACAAUGCCCUGGACAACGCAGUCUGGCUGCCUAGGUCUGUUGAAGAGUUGCUCCACCGGAUUUGUGUUGAGCAGUCGCUGCUCCAGCCGGACCCUGGGGCCAGGAGGGCCCUGGCCGACCUGGGGGAAGCAGCCGCCUUAGACGUCCUGAUGCAGAUGUCAGGAAGAAGAAUAAGAAAUUUUUCUGGUUUCAUCUUGUACAUGGCGAAUAACUUCCGCCCUAUACCCACCCAGGAGAGUUUCGCUGACACUCUGCCCUCGGGCUCCUCCUCUCCUUUGCGCAGCUGUGGCGUGUGCUCCGAAGAAUCACUUCAGAGCGAUCCUCGAUACGUGGCUCCGUCAUCAUCUGGGCAGUCAAUAAGUCCUCAGCUCAUAGCACUGGGCCAGCUUGAAUUCAGGAAGGCUUUUUUGGUUCUAAGUUAUUUAGGAAGGUACAAGUUAGAAGAAACUAUAUCAGUUGAAUUUAUCAAGCAAAUUCAAUGGUUGAACAUGGAUCAGUUUGAGUCAGUUGUUUGGGAGGAAUUGAGGUCUAAAUGCAUUCCGCUGCUUGAUAGGAGAAAGAGCUCGGACUGGGAUUCCAGUAAGGCUCAUAUAUACCAUUGUCAUGUUGAUUUAGAGGGACAUUUAAUCUUUAAGGUAUGCUUGAGCCACUACUAG